AUGAAGACAGAAAUCUCCCUGGGCUUGCUGGUGAUCCUCAGCCUGUUCCAUGCAUCUGUAUCUUCUUCCUAUGACCUGCUGGAAACGCUGUCAGACCAGGCCCUGCAGAGCAGCGUGGAACGGGCAAAGCAGCUGGUGGAUGGAGCCUACAGGCGCAUAAAGGAGUAUCUUCAGAAUGAUGCUUUGACCCCAGCAGAGCUUCUGAGAUAUUUCAAACAGCCUCUGGGAGGGACUCGGGCUGCUGUUCGAGCUGCAGAUUAUAUGGAAACCACCCUGGGGCUCCUUAAGGAGAAGCUGCAAUGGGUUGUGAGGAGGGACUUCAAUGUCACAGACUUGCUGACACCAUCUCAGCUGGGGAUGAUUUACAAGGCAAGUGGAUGUGACCAGCAGGACAAGAGAAUAAAUUGCGACGCUUCUCAACGUUAUCGAACCAUCACCGGCGAGUGCAACAACAGGAGAAACCCAUCACUAGGAUCUUCCAACAGAGCCCUGGCCAGGUGGUUGCCAGCAGAGUAUGAGGAUGGGGAGUCACUUCCCCACGGGUGGACAGAAGAAAAGUGUGUCAACGGAUUCCCCUUUCCACUGGUUCGACAAGUGUCCAACGAGAUCGUCCACUUCCCCACCAGUCAGAUGAGGAUGGACCAGCAGAGAUCACUCAUGUUCAUGCAAUGGGGCCAGUUUAUUGACCACGAUCUGGAUUUCAGCCCAGAGACUCCAGCCAUAGUCACCUUCAAAGGCGAGGAGGACUGUGACACCAGCUGUGCCAAGAAGCCACCUUGCUUUCCCAUCAAGAUCCCACCCAAUGACCCACGGAUUAAGGACACCAGAGAUUGCCUUCCUUUCUUCCGCUCAGCUCCUGCCUGCACCAGAGGCAGGGCCACCCGGGAGCAGAUCAAGGACGGCAGCGUCUGGUACGGCAGCGAGGAGCCCAGGGCCAGCAGGCUGAGGAACCUGACCAGCCAGCUGGGCUUGCUGGCUGUUAACCAGAACUUCACUGAUGAAGGGAGGGAAUACAUGCCCUUCGGCCCAAUGAGGAAGGAGCCCUGUCUCAAAGCCAGCAGGGGACGUCAGAUUCCUUGUUUUCUUGCAGGUGACACUCGAGCGAGCGAGAUGCUGGAGCUGGCCUGCAUGCACACGCUCUUCGUGCGGGAGCACAACCGCCUGGCCAGGAGUCUGAAGAGGCUGAAUCCCAACUGGAAGGGAGAGCAGCUCUACCAGGAGGCACGGAAGAUCCUAGGUGCCAUGAUCCAGAUUAUAACCUACAGGGACUACCUGCCUCUUCUGUUGGGAGCAAGUUUCCGGAGAUACAUUCCUCCCUACCGGGGCUACAACGAGUUUGUGGAUCCCCGAAUAUCCAACGUCUUCACCCUGGCUUUUCGGUUUGCUCAUGCUUCAGUCCCCCCAGCUGUUGAGCGCCUAAAUGAAAAUUACAAGCCCAGAGGUCCCCCAAUUCCACUCAGAAGCACUUUCUUUGCUGUCUGGAGGAUCCUGACAGAAGGUGGUAUCGACCCCCAUCUCAGGAGCCUAAUGGCUAAUCAGGCCAAGCUGAUGACACAGCAGCAAAUGGUGGUGGAUGAGCUCCGGGAUCGGAUGUUUGAGCAAGUGGAAAGGAUUGGGUUUGAUUUGCCUGCCCUCAACAUGCAGCGGAGCCGGGAUCACGGCCUCCCAGGUUAUACCUCCUGGAGACAUUUCUGUGGUCUUCCACAACCUUCUGAUGUGAAGACACUUGCUGUAGUGUUGAGGAAUCGUGACCUGGCAAGGAAGUUCAUACAGCUGUAUGGGACACCAAAGAAUAUUGACAUAUGGAUUGGGGCACUGGCAGAGCCCUUUGUGCCUGGAGGCAGAGUUGGGCCUCUCAUGGCUUGUCUCAUUGGUACCCAGUUCAGGAACGUUCGUGAUGGGGACAGGUUUUUUUGGAGGAACAGAGGAGUUUUCACUCCUCAGCAACUCUCUUCACUGGCCAAAGUCUCCUUGUCACGAAUAAUAUGUGACAACACUGGCAUCUCUAAAGUACCAAGAAAUAUCUUCCUGGCCAACAGAUUCCCUCAUGGCUUUGUGAGCUGCACACACAUCCCAAAGCUGGACCUCAGAGCCUGGAAGUCAGGGACUGAGGAACUGGCAGAGCAAGGUACAAGCUUGGAACAGCACAGAGCUGCCCAGCACAGUUGUCACAUUGGUUCCUUCAAUCCCUAG